AUGGCACCGAAAGCUUUGACGGAUUGCCCCGAGAACCUUCGAGAGGCGAUCGACUGGCUCAUCCAGGUUAAUCACGGUGGCGGUAUUUCACAGCUGUUCGAGGCUCUCGGUAAGUUGUUUGACAAUGUUGUUCAGGAUGCUCAGAAAUCUCUGUCGUCUUUCCCCGAAUCAGCUGAGCCGUCCGCCAGAGAUGUUAUCGACAAACUUCAAACUUUUCGGAGCUCUUUUCCGAAAGACUCUGCGAAUUCUAAUAAAAACAUUUUACAUAAUGUCUGUUCCGCCUUUGAGAAAUUUCUAGGCUACCAGCCUCCUGGAACCUACGAUGGUUCCGGGAUUGUGUACGGCGACGCCUCCCGUUUGUGCGAUGCCAUUGUGGCGUUUUUGUAUAGAGUGUUCAGUGAUGUCCGUGAUAAUCAGCCGUAUGUUGUUGGUAGAGCUUUGUUAGGUGGCCUAGUUGGUGACCUUAAAAAAGCCAGGCGGAGUGGGCACCAUGGCUUUAAGGCUGUCGUCCCCAAGGUGGCCAGUGGCCUCCGGGACUAUAACUCCGCUGUCAAGGCUUCGAACGAAAGAGUCAAGAGGCCGAUUGAAGAGUUGCUUGACUAUCUGAAUCCGGGUGGUGAGUUGCUUAAACGUGUUAAUGGCUUGCAGGUUGAAACUCCGACUGAGCAAGAUGUCGAGAAGGCCGACCAGCUGGUGGAGGGCUGUGUUAAGCAAGGCGAGCAGUUUGUAGCCAGUGUCGUAGGUGUCCGGGGAAAUGUGAAGGACUUAAACGCUAACUUGCGUGAUAAAGUAGGCAACGCGAAGAAAACCAUUUAUCACGAAUAUCGGCGCCUUAUGACGCUGACGAGGAAGCAAAAAGAGAACUACAACUCUAUGAUUAAAAUUAUAAAGAAGGCGCUUGAGAAGGCCAGAAAGAUGUUAAAACAUGAUAUCACAGAGAGGGUGACUGCGCUUGUCGACGGUGUCAGACGAAGGGUCCAGAAAAUUCUGGAUGACCUACGCAGCAUAAAUAAAAAGUUGAGCACUUACGUCAGCGAAUUGGAUUUAUGGAUAAAGGAGGCUGAGCAAUUCAUCCAGUCGGCGCAGCAGUAUGUCCAGAAGAUAUUGGAUGAGGUCAAUGAAGGCAGUCAAACUAAUUACCUGGGUCAACUUAAAUCGACACUAGAGCAGAUUGAAAUACAACUCGGCGUCCAAGUGGGCAGUUUGGAAGCGUGGAUUGCAGACGCGAUAAAAGCGCUCGAGGCAGCAUCUAGUAGGGCAACGGAAGUAAGUGGAAAGUUGAAUCCUCAGAGUGAUAAGGAUCCUAUUGGCACUAACAUCACUAAAAUUGAUACCGCCACUAAAGGAAUUGUCGCCGCAAAUUCACAACUUGGUGAUCAACUCCGUAAGCUAAAUUCCUGGAUUGACAGUGCGGAGAAAAUCCGUGCCAAGGCUAAGCGAAGAGCGGAGGAGGCGUACGAUAAGCUGCAAGUUCACAAGACCCUGUCUAGGAAAAUUGGAGAGAUUGAAGCAGCCAAUAGUAAAAUCAGAAGUGUUCAUAGUGGACUGUCAAAUGUUGACACCAACUUGGGUGUCUGGAAAGAUGCGGCCCAGAAGGUGCUUCAAGAGGUGAUUGACAGUUCUACUCAGGUGAAGGAGAAGUUGAAUCCUGAGAAAAAUUCAGGGCAUGAUAUCGGUAAGAAGAUCGGUGAAAUUACCGAAGCAAGAGAGGCACUUGACCAGGCUAAAGAUAAGCUUCACGGCCACCUUGGGAGUUUGAGUGACUGGAAGCAGCAGGCUGCGACAGUGAUUGGAGAGGCGGUGAGCAAGGCGGAAAAUGUGUGGAAAGCGUUGGACGAAAAUAAUAAAGCAGAAGAAAAAUCUCUUGGCAAAAAUAUUGAGAACAUUGACACCGCUCAAAAGGCAAUUGACUCUGCGAAUAAAACUCUUGGUGAGGAAGUUGGGCACUUGAAUAACUGGCAUACUGCGGCUGACAAAAUUGUCCAAGCUGGGCAAAAUAAAUGUGAUGAGAUACUUACAAAAACUGAGAUAAAGAAUGGCGACCCUGUAAUUAAACAGCAAGCCGCCGCACUGCAGAAAAAAGCCACGGACCUUUUGGAGGCUUACAAGGAGACGUUUACUAAGGUGAGCGCUUUGGAUGGUCAAGUUAGAGGGGCCGUUGAAGAUUUGGAAAAGGGCAUGAAAGAUGAUUUGGAUAGGCUGCAAAAGGAUAUUGUGAGCAAGAUGAAAAAGCAUGUUGGUGAGAUGCUUUUGCAGAUUAAGGGGCAAGUGGGAGAGAUUAAGGGGAGCGACACAAGUAUUUGGAAUAAUCCAGGUGCUUCAGGUCUUUUGGGAAUCGCAGAGGGAGUGCGUAAUUAUGCCACUGCAUUUCGCCACGAUAAUUUUGCAGAAAUUGCAAAGGGCUGGUUGGAAGCCACAAUUUUGAGGUACAAUGGCACCGUGCGGAGGAUACUCAAUAUGAAGCAGGAGUUUGAUGAGAACAGUGAGAAGGGUAACAUCAGUGCUUUCGCAAUUGGAAUGAAAGACAGGCUUAAAACAGAUGUUAUUGGUAUAGCCAAAGACGCAUUCCAAAAUGUUAAUACUGUCAGCGGCACAAUUCAGGAUAAUAUCAACGCCGUUAAAACAGCCUGUGAGAUAUUUGCCAACGGUCUUGAUAAGGAGCUGAUGGAGGGCUCAAGAGGAAUAGUCAACCAUGUUAAGGAAAAGGCGUUGCCAUUGGGGCAACUCGUCGCUAAGAUUCAAAAAUGCGUCUGCGAGUGCGACGUACCAUGCACAAAAUGCAGAAAUGGAGACUGUGGCAAAAAAGCCGCCGCGGAAUUGAUAAUGUGCGCGCUCACCUCUACAGUGAGACAAGUUGGCAACGAACUGGAAUCUGUGUUUCUCCAGAAAAGGGUGGGAAAUUAUGUGCCAGGCAACUCAAAAAGCAUCGCAGGCGAAUUGGACAAAGUUGUUGGUGAGACUAAGAAGCUGGACAUUGAUCUCGGAGACGCAGCAAACACAGCGCUUGACAGAGGAAGCGGUGCCCACAGCCCCGGCCAGACGAAUACCAUUUUGACCAGCGUUAAGGGGAUUGCGGAGCAGGUUAAAAAUGCGAUGAAGGAUACUGAUCCUAAGGGUAUAAAUGUUGAAACCACUAUGGAGCAAUAUAAAAUUAAGAAAAACAAUCCACCAGAUGAACUAACCGGCAAGUAUCAGCAAUUGAUCCAAAAGGACAUUACAACUGCAAUGGAUGACUUCAAGAAGUUGCCUGCUUUCGCAGAUAACAAAGAACAGACUGGCCUACAAGAUGAGCUUUCUAACGGCAACGUCUCUACAGCCACAACAGCAGUCCAAGGACAUCUCAACAAAAUCACCCAAGAACUCCAAGCCAUCGCCAAGUGUGUUGAGGAUAAGUCGGCGAAAACCAGUAGCCCAGAUGAAUAUGGCAUAAAGCAGCGGUUGAGUGAUUUGGGUACGAUGCUUAAGGAGGGAGAGGUUAAUCUUAAAGGCAAAGUAGAUGGAAUUCCUAAAGACACUGUCAAAGGCCUCAACGCAAUACAUAAUAAAAUUCAUCAGUUGCAAACCACAGAAUUUACUAACCAUCCCAAAUCCAUCGAAGAAGCUUUACCAAAAAUUAAGUUGGAGCUUAAGAGUCUUAGAGAUUUGUUGAAGAAAGAUCCUAAUGGGAGGACAGAAAAUGGCGUUAUUGACGACUUGACAGAUUUAAAAGAGACUGGCCUUGGCAGUGCUCAGUGGCAUGGUAAGGAUGUCAACUAUCAACCCCUCAAUGGCCUGAUGAAAAUUCAUGAGGACAUAAAAGGGCUGAAGGAAAGUGAGUUCACUGAGAAACCUAAAAACAUAAAUCAAGCGGUGAACCAAAUUACUACGGCGCUUGAAGGCCUUCAGACGAAUUUGCAAGAUGAUAUCAUCGAUUGGUUGAGAGGUUUAAAGGACAGUGGUCUUGAAAGUGGAGGCAACUGGACAGUUGACGGCAAAGUUGCAGAGGGAAUCGAGAGCAUCAAAAGGGAGCUUGAAAAAGAAAAUGACAUACUGGCCAGGCAGCCUGUGAUAAUCGAGAGGGCCUUAGAUAAGAUUCAUGACGAACUUCAAAUGAUAGGUUACAGAUUAAAUGAUGACAGCACAAACAGUGACGUCGUAGACCACUUGACGCGGUUGAAGGAGAAAAUUGGUAAGGACGUUCCCCAGUCGGGAAACCUUCAAGGCAUUCACACAGUGAUUACUGGGCUGCAGAAGAAACAGUUCACAGACAAUCCCGAAGCCAUCGAGGCAGCCAAGGCGGCAAUCACAGGGGAGCUCACAAGGUUGCAAGGCGUGCUGAGCGAUGACGUCAUCAAAGCGCUGGGCGAUCUGGUAACCAACGGGUUGAGUGACAGUGCAAGUUGGCGGAGCACCGUGGGUCUCGAGAGGGUCAUGAAUGAAGUCGCGAUGGUGAGGAACGUGGACGUCAGCGACGUGAGAAGUAUACUGAAUCACCUUUGCUACAACGUUGCUGAGGACGGCAGAGGGCUGAAGCGCAAGCUGCAGGGGUUUGAAGAUGAUGACGUAAAAAUGCAACUGGUAAAAAUCAAAGAAAAUCUUAACGCUGUUAACGAUAAAUUGUCCGCCGCCAUCAGGGAGCUUGAGAAACUGCUGACGUUCCUGGAGCACGGCGGCAGACAGCUGAAAGCGCAGCUGCACAGAGCGGUGGACGAGGAAGUUGACGAUGCACUCAAGCAGCUCAGCGAGGAACUCAGGAGACAGUACGUGUCCAACAUCCAUGACAUGUUGUCACACUUCGCCUCUGCAGUGGCCGAGGAUCUAAAACCGUUACCCAGGGAAAUACGCAAGGAUAUGGAAAUGGGCUUCAAAGGCUUCAUGAGUAAACUGGAAAACAAGUUUGUUAAAAACGUGGUGAAUAUCAGAGACGUCUCGAGAGUCUCCAGUGCACAGGGAAAGUCCCCGAAGCCGAAAUCGCCGCUCACUCACGCGGCCAGAAUACUGCGGACGGCGUUCGCAUAUUUCUUCCUGAAUCUAAAAACUCAGGCGGACUUCGCGCCCGACUCCAGGAAGAUUGCGCCGACGACUGCGGCGCUGACCAAACUGCUGAGUGGUCUCCAGGCCUCUGGACACUUUGGCUACGAAUUUUGCAAUAACCUGUACGCACUGAGGAAUGAGAUUGACAGCUUCGCGCCUGCGAAAUUCGGCGACGGCGAUAGCCCUUUACUGCUAAACGUUUUGCGAGCAGGUUUCCCGGCCCUGGUAGACGAGCUGGGCAGGGCAUACAUCAGCCGCUACGACGGCGCCUUCGACGACUGCGUGCUGUUCCACGCGGCGAAAAAGACGCACACCCCCGAGGCCGCCAAGUGCGUGAUGAUCCUUCUGACUGUCACUGACACGCUGUUCCGCGCCGUCAAUAAGCUCAGAAUGGGCUGCACAGAUGAGUGGGCACAUCACAACAUAAAUGCGUACAAUCCCCUGGGGCAAUUCCUCGGGCGCUGUGGCUUUGUCGUUGCUUCCGAUGGCCUCAUCCACGCCGAGCUGCGUAACGAGAAUGCCUGCAACGGUGCUGAAAUCUGCAGCCUCAUCCAUGACGCUUUGGAUCCCCUGGACGCACUCCACGACAUGCUCAAAUAUUACUUGCGUGUCUGUCACCUGCACAUCCCCACAGAACCCCGGUACCCCUGCACCGUCAGGGACGUCCUCGCUUGGCUCGCCGGGCUGCCGCACACCGCAGUAUACAAACGCAUUCAACCGCAUUGCCAUAACUUGUCUGGUGGUGAAACUGAUGACGUGCUUAAAUAUUCCUUGCUCUGCAUCCCCGGCGCCCUCGGCUUUUUGACACAUCACAGCAGUACCCUCCUCGUCACCAUCUGCGGUAACGGUCGCGGCUUCGACCACGCCGACUACCAAUACGCCUGCAACUUCUGGGACAACUCACGCGGCUUUCAUUACCCCUCAGACGUUGCUGAGCUCCUGGACAUCCUGGCUCGCCUGUGUAAACGUGCAUUGCGCGCACUCAACUUCUUGCGCGCCCGUUGCCGAUACGAAGCGUCCAUGGGCCACGGCUGGUCAGAAUGCCGGUACGGCAGAAGCGUCCCCGCCGCCAACUGGCAGUGCAACGACCACUCAAGCAUCGAAUCAAAUUGUCGACCAAACUGCCAACCAAAAUCGCCUCUACAAGCCCAUCUAAUGGACCAGUUACCCGGCUUGUUGCCACAUAAGCUGACGUCCGUCGGUUGUGACUCUGAAUGUCUCACCUGCCCUACUGGUAAGCCAGGCCAGCAGUGCGUCACUCCGAUGGGCUUCUGGGACCUGCCACGUGCGGGAUCUAGAACGGGCACCGGCAGAGAUAUAUUCGCCGUGCUCACCGCCUUGUGCAGCAAUGCCGAGUCACCGUUGCCCUCCCUGCUGCGGUGCCUUUCCUCAAUUAACCCCUGUCCGCCUCAAACUCUCGGUGACAUGUUUGCCUUCUUCUGCAACUUUGCGCAACGCCGCGGGUUAGAUCACAGGACACAGCGUCUGAAGUAUCUCGACAAUAACGAUUUCAUAAGUCACCUGACGAGUGAGGCAAUUCCCAGCGUCUCCAUGAAUCUCUGUGCGAGAAAGCAGGCGGUGCGAUUGACCAGCGCGCUGACCGCAUUGUACCACUCCCCCGCAGACCACGCCGCUGCAGCCCAGGCGGACGCCGACACCGACAAGAACGCCAACACGGACAGCCACUCGGAUCUGUCGAGCCUCACCGUCCGAGCGCAGUGCUCCGACUCACUGACCUGCGCCCCCUACCUCCAACCUCUCUCCUUCCACGCCUGCCACACCCUCCCCGAGCAGCACGCCCACCUCUACCUCUCGUGGGUCGUACACCUGGCGUGGCAAUUCUGGUACCUGCUCGAGCAAUUGCUCAACGCCUUUCAAGACAUUGACUGCGCAAGCUCCGGCUGCUCCGAAUGUCCCUGCAAGCCGGGCCAACAUGGCGUCAACCUCAACUGCAAGUGCAAGGCACUGCUGAGCUGUCACGGCGUCCUGCCGACGUUUCACGCAUAUGGAUUUACGAAAUAUUGCCACCAUUUCUGUACUCAACUACAGAACGUGCUCCACUCCAGACACUUCACGGAGUUGUUCCACCAAAUCGAUGAGUUCCUCUACGGCAUCCGUGCCCCCUUCCUCUUCACCAUCGUCACACUCUGGCUCACCGCCACGAUCUACAUCCUCCACUCGCUACUCUACCGCAUGGACGUCCUCCGCAUCCGCUCACACCUCCUCACCACCAGGGCUUCACACCUUAUCGACGUCAAGGCCUUACUCGCCGGAAGCCGCAGGAUGCUCUCGCUCUACAAGGACGUCGACUACUUCGACGAUGACCCAAUGGGUCAACUCGAUAUCUCAAAUUAA